AUGGCUGUUGAUGAUGGAAGCCCGGAAGUGCUAUGGAAGACUAGUAAUGCUUCUAGUAGUGAUGGAUCUCACGCUCAAGGACUUGGUUUUGAGCGAAACUCCGUUGAAUCCAGCCCCUGGAGCUCCACCUCCAAAAGAUUCAACUCCUCCAGUAGCUCCAAUUCGUUCAGCUCCAAAUCUUUCUCCAGCUCCAGUUCCAGUUCCAGUGACAUUCUGUGCAGCCUCGAUUUUGAUCCCGGUGACGAGUUCUUUGUAACAGCGAGUGUCUCGGGAUAUUUGCGGGUGUUCGAGUUUCCGAAGGUAAAUAUGAGUUUCUUACGAAUCUUGCAACCGGGUAGACACAAUGGCUUAACAUCUGUAGGCUGUGAGAUGGUCCCUUGUCGCAAGAAGCUAAGUUGCGUGAGCUGGGACAAGUUUUCCAAAAGCUGCGUCGCUACUAGCGAUUACGACGGCAUCAUAAAGAUCUGGGAUAUUAGUGCGUGCCAAAAUACAGUCAAUUAUGACGAGCACGAAAGGCGGAUAUGGAGUGUUGAUUUCUCGCCAAUGGAGCCAUCGCGGUUAGUCUCUGGAGGCGACGACGGCAAAGUUAAGCUAUGGAGCAAGGAGCUCAAGACGAGUGUCCUGACAGUCGAGGUUAAGGCAAACAUUUGCUCAGUGACGUUCAAUCCUAUCUCGAGUAAUUUAGUUGGGGCAGGAUCAGCGGACCACUGCAUUUAUUACUACGAUUUACGUCAGACAAAGUGCCCCUUGCAUUUGUUCAAGGGCCAUGAAAAGGCCGUCUCGUACGUCAAGUUUACGCCAUCAAACGAGAUGGUUUCCGCCUCUACUGACGGAACGCUUCGGCUAUGGAGCCUCGAAAGCUGGAAUACCCUCCAGGUGUAUAGAGGUCAUACGAACGAAAAGAACUUUGUCGGGCUGUCUGUCACUUCUGAUUACAUCGCCUGUGGGAGCGAGACAAACGAGGUCUAUGUUUACCACAAGGGGAUUCCAAAGCCGGCACUCAGCCAUUUAUUUGCGAGAAAGGACGCAGCUGACGAUGAUACACGACCGUUUGUCAGCGCCGUCUGCUGGAGGAGGAGUGAUAGCCACACCAUGCUGGCGGCAAGCAGCCAGGGGGAGAUCAGAGCUCUCAUGCUGGCGUCUUGA